GGUGCGGGGGAGGGGCGGGGGCGGGGCUUGCGGCGAGGCUCCCGCAGUCCCUGUGCCCGGGCAGGACUAGAAGACGCAGCGCUGCUCCUGCUGUGGAAAGUUCCCCAGGCUCUGGUGUUGUGCGGCCAUUGUGGAGACCUUCAGCUGCUGAUAGAGGUUCCAUCUGUGACCAACCUCCCUGCUUGCCGAAAUGUCUUCCAGACCGUUUGAAAGUCCGCCACCUUAUCGGCCAGAUGAGUACAAACCAUCCAUUUAUGCCCCCAGUCAAGACGUGUACGGAGGGAGGCCGCCCUCACAGCCUGCCUACUCGUAUUAUCCAGAGGAUGAAGUCCAGCACUUCUACAAAUGGAGUUCUCCACCAGGAGUCAUCAAGCUCAUGUCCAUCCUCAUUGUUGUCAUGUGUGUGGGAAUCUUUGCAUGUGUAGCUUCCACAUUACCAUGGGACUUGGAUAUCACUGGACAGUCUAUGGGAUAUGGUUUUGGAGGAGGGGGGUAUUCUGGUUCCGGUGCAUACAAUGGCUAUGGUUUUGGAGGAUCUCAGAUGGGCAUGGGCUUUGCUUAUGGAGGGAACUACACCGAUCCCCGUGCUGCCAAAGGGUUCAUCCUUGCCAUGGCUGCGUUUUGCUUUAUAUGUGGUAUGGUAAUCUUCGUAAUGACUGUAACCAGGUCAGGCACUGCUACCACUAGAAAAUUCUACUUGAUUGUCAUCAUCGUCAGCGGAAUCAUGGGGGGAUUGGUCUUUAUUGCAUCAAUUGUCUAUACCAUUGGAGUAAAUCCUGUAGCCCAAGCAUCUGGAUCAGCCUUCUACACACAGAUCGUAUCCAUCUGCAACCAGUUUUACGCCCCUGCCACAACUGGAAUGUUUGUUAACCAGUAUCUCUACCACUACUGUGUCGUGGAACCACAAGAGGCUAUUGCCAUUGUCAUGGGGUUCCUGAUCGUUGUGGCAUUUGCCAUUAUCAUAUUCUUUGCCGUAAAAACGAGGAGGAAGAUCAACGAGUUUGGGAAGUCGAACAUUUUAUGGAAGAAAAAUCAUUUUGAUGAACAGGGAGAUCCAAACGUGGAGGAGUGGGUGAAGAAUGUGCCAUCAAAUCCUGAGCGGGUUCCGGCCAUGUCAGAAUACAACGAGAAGGUCAAUGGAUCUGUUAUGGAGCACAGGAGUGUGAAUGGUCUUCAAGCUUAUUCUGAACACAGCUUCAGAUCACAACCAAUUCUGGAAGAGGUAUACCCACAGAAAAAUGAAUCUGGCUUUGCACCAAAUGCUUACAGCAGCAGCUCUGAUACAAGCAAGAAAGCGCCACCGAAAAAACGGUCAGGCAGACCAAUGAGAUCUCCCAAUGACUAUGAUGCAGACUACAUAACAGGAGGAGAGUCUGGUGACGAACUGGAUGAUGAUGAUGAUUGGGAAAGUGAAUACCCUCGCAUCACUUCAGACCAACAGAGACAAGACUACAAGCGAGAGUUUGAUGCCGAUCUCCAUGAAUACAAGAGGUUACAAGCAGAGCUGGAGGAAGUUUCAAAAUCCAUGCUUCAGCUAGAUGAAGAAUUGGAUCAGCACCCAGAAGGAAGCCAGUCAUACAAGGCCGUUGCGGAUGAAUAUAAUCGUUUAAAGGAUAUUAAAUCGUCUUCUGAUUACAAGAACAAGAGGAAACAUUGCAAGCAACUCAAAGCCAAGCUGAACCACAUCAAGGGUAUGGUCAGCGACUAUGACCGGGGCAGAUAAAAGCAACUGAUUUUCAAGAUUUGGGAAGACAUUUUUUUUUCUUCUCUGUUCCACUUUCUUCUCUGUUCCACAAAUUGAGGUCACUGGCCACAAUUUUGUUCCUGUAGUCAUGUUUUCUUAUUUCUCCAAAAGGAUGGAUAUGCAUUCCCACUCCCACACUGAUUUUUUUUUUUUUUUUUUUUUCAAAGGUUUUAAAAUGUACAUAAGCUUAUAUUUAUAAGGAGUUUAUAGAUCUACUAGUUUCUAUUUCUAAUCCAAGUCCUUUUUAUAUCUAAUUCUACUAACCCAGUAACUGUGACCAAACACAAGAAGUCUUCCCGACGUAAACGACAAUUGACUUUUUUUUUCUUUUAAGAUCUGUCUUGUCCAUGGGCACUAGACCCCCUUCCCCCCCAAAUGCUGCUUAACACUUUUUCUUUUUACUGUAAGAAAAGUAGGCAUCCGUAAUGGCAAGAAGAUCUUCUGCAUGUUGGAGGAUCUUUUGGCCAUAAUAGACUCUGGUCAUCAUAGCAGGACACAGAGUGCUUCUGAACAGUCUAGUUUCUGGCCUGAUCUGAUGGCCAUCUUUACACCCCGGUAAGCCAGUUUUAGACAUGAGUAGCGUAUGACUUAAAUAAAACUCAUUCUACCAGUUUUGUAAAAGUGUGUGCAAGUUACUGUGCUAUCCAGCCUUAUCUUUAUUUUAAUAUCCCUAAAGACCAUUGUUGGCAUUGUGAAUGUUUAAUCGUAGGAUAUGUUGCGACACUAUGUAUUUUUUUUUUUU